AUGGAUUAUUCCAAGAAUCUAUCGUCUCGGUCUGCAGCUGGUCCUUCGUUAACACCUUAUGCAAAUAAUCGCCCGUCGUCCAAUCUUGUUAGAACAGCUAACGGAGGUGUGGGCGGAUCUGUUAUUAAUUCUGGUAUCGGGGGUCAUAUGAGCAAUGGAGUUGGAGUUGGACUGAAUGCAUAUCCUAAUGUACCAGCUGUGUCUAUGGGACGUUCCGUUAAUCUGGAUGAUUGUGGUGUUGCGUUGGACCAAGUGAGAGAGGCAUAUAGGAUUCUACUGGAAUUGCCCGUUAAUGUCAUAAGAGUAAUGAUGAAAUCAAUCGAGAAUGUAUUAAAGCGACCUGGGAGGAUAUUGAAGAACACCGAUGAAAUUAAAUUCUUAAUGAUAAUCUUGGAGAAUCCUCUUUUAUCACAACAUAACUUUCCGCGAGAGUCCCAAUACCACCAUAACAUUGUUAAACGUAUUUUUGGAUUACUCUCCAACCUGACCAAUGAGUUACAUCACUAUUUAGUGAACUGGUUUUCACGACUCUCAGUAACGACUUUCCGAAAACGCGUCGAAUUGGUCAAUGCAUUCGUUUCUUCUCGACUGAACAAACAGCAACGCAACACAUGCCCAGGACCUGUUACAUAUGAAUCGGACUGGCAGAUCGGAUCUGCUGCGCGGGUUAUGGCGCUGCUGUUUGCGGCAAACAAACAGCAUUCAAAAAUCUCAUUAUCAGAAUUCUAUAAUGCAAUGGUCGACUGUAUUGACUUUAUAGUGGAUUAUGACAAUUGGGAACAACGAACUGGAAAAUUCGCCUUCUGUCAAUAUCCCUUUUUAAUAAGUAUGGGUGGAAAGAUGCAAAUAAUGGAGUUCGAUGCUAAGCGACAGAUGGACAUUAAAGCAAAGGAAGCAUUUUUCACAAUCCUGUUUGAGAAACGGCUUACAACGCCUCAGCUCAUAUUACGAGUCCGCCGUGAUUAUUUAAUUGAAGACUCUUUGAACCAGUUAGCAUCUCACGAAAUGGACAUAAAAAAGUCAUUAAGGAUAGAAUUCAUUGAUGAAGAUGGAGUAGACGCAGGGGGGUUGAGGAAGGAAUGGUUUUUAUUAUUGGUUAGGGAAUUAUUUGAUCCGCAAUAUGGUAUGUUUACUUGGGAUGAAGACAGUAACCUAUGUUGGUUUAAUCCAGCAUCCUUUGAAGCUUCGGAUCAAUACUAUCUAGUGGGAGUUGUGAUUGGUCUAGCAAUCUACAAUUCCACCAUCCUCGACGUCCAUCUCCCUCUCGCCUGCUACAAAAAACUCCUUAAUAUUUCUGUUACACUAGAAGAUUUGAAAGUAUUUCGACCUGCAUUCGCAAAUGGAUUGGAAAAACUAUUGACACUGCAAGAUGUGGAAUCAACAUUCUUGGACUUUGUGGGAGAAUAUGAGAGUUAUGGCGAAAUGGUAAGAGUACCGCUGAUACCCGGCGGUGAGAAUACACCGAUAACUAACAAGAAUCGAGAAGAUUACGUCAAUCGCUAUGUCAACUUUGUAUUAAACGACUCAAUCGCCAAACAAUUUGAUCCAUUCAAACGUGGAUUCAAUCAUGUGUGUGGUGGGAAUGCGCUUUCUCUUUUCCAACCAGAAGAAAUAGAACUUCUCGUCCGAGGCAGCGCCGAACCACUCCAAAUCGAACAGCUUCGCACUGUGACAGUAUACGAGGGUUUCCACGAGGAUGAGGAAACAAUCAGAAACUUUUGGAUAUUAUUUAAAGAAAUUAAUCCACUAAUGCAAAGGAAACUUUUAACGUUCGUCACAGGGACAGAUAGGAUUCCGGCGACAGGAGUAGAGAAUCUGGCUUUUAAGAUUACAUGUAUUGGAGAAGAUAGUGAGAGAUUCCCGAUUGCCCACACAUGCUUCAACCAAAUAUGUCUAUAUCGAUACCGAACAAAGAGGAAACUUGAAGCCAAACUUAUAAGAGCCAUAACAGAUAGCGAAGGAUUUGGAUUAAAGUGA